CUGGACUGACCUUGCCAUUUGGUGGUGUGAGGAAGCUGGGGACUACUGAUAGGGAAGAGAAGAGGCAAAGAGAGAAGUCCUUUAACCUCUGGCUCCUCGAUAAACAAGAGCAGGCUGCCUUUACCAACAGAAGACUCCCCAGACUUCAAGAAGACAACGAUCAUAACAAAGCAACAGCGUUAAACUGAAGGUUUAAAGGCAAGGAUAGAGGGAACUACAUCCGAGGGGGACAACAAGCAGCCACACUGAGCUGACUGUUACUCCAGAGGAGGAGUUGCAGUUGCCGGCUAGGGCAGGUCCCGAGGCUGGCAGGGCUGGCCCUACUGCUUCUCCACCUCCAUUUUUUUCCCUUUUUUCCUUCUCCUCCUCCUUUAACAAUCCUCCAAACUGCUGUGCAGUGAUGGACAUGCAGGCACAGCUCCUGAGCAACAAAGGAAUGCUCAGAAAUUCUUGACAAAUUCAUUGCUAGUGAGAGGGAAACCCUUGGGUUUUGCUGGUCAAUUAAAGGACCCUCCACUGCUGCACUGACUGAGGUUUUGUGCUCUCAUCCUCUUUUGGCACUCACUGGUUGAGUGCAGUAGGACACUGAGGAUCUUUUUUAUACGUUUUGUUUUUCUCAGUUUUUCCUCAUUUGAAAACCGGAACAGUGGCGACCUUUUCUAUAGCACGGUGCAAGGACCAGCUCCACUCACCCAAAAUGAGCCGCUGGCUGAAAUGCACCUCCAUGCACUUUAACACGGACUGGAACAAGUACGAUGAUCGGCUGAUUAAGGCAGUGGAGCGUGGAGAAGUGGACAAAGCUGCAGCUGUUCUCAGCAAGAAAGGCAUCAUCCCCACCAAGCUUGAUGUAGAGGGACGCUCGGCAUUUCAUCUGGCAGCAGCACGAGGACACCUGGAAUGUCUCAAUCUCCUUCUGGGACACAACGUUGAUAUCACAGCAAGCGAUGCCACUGGCAAAAGUGCUCUUCAUCUGGCGUCGAGAAAUGGACACUUUGGGUGUGUGCAGAAACUGCUGCAGCACAACUGUCCAGUUGGAAAUGUGGACCUACAGGGACGGACUGCUCUACAUGAUGCUGUUAUGGCAGGCUGCUGCUCCUCUGUGACACUCCUCUGUGACAGUGGGGCCUCUGUGAAUGCCAGUGAUCUAGAAGGCAGGACACCUCUGAUUCUGGCCACACAGAUGUGCCAUCCACGCAUUUGUCAGUUGUUGCUGGAGCGGGGAGCUGACAUCAAACUCAGAGACAAACAAGACAAGACGGCUCUGAUUUUGGGCUGCGAGUUCAGGUGCAAGGACGCAGUAGAGGUGCUGCUGAAGAGCGGAGCUGAUGUGAAGGCAGUGGAUUCUUUGGGUCACGAUGCGUUUCAUUACGCCCGUCUCAGCCAGAACCCAGAGCUCACUGAACUUGUCAAAAAUUACCUGGAGAAAGCCACCAAAGAUCGGGAGGCUGCAAAGUUGGAGCAGAGGAAACGACAGCAAUCAGUGGAGAGAACGGAGGCAGCUGAGGCCAACCGACGAGACCUGAUCAUCCGCGAUCUGGAAAGGAAAAAUGAGACCCUUCAGGAAGGCCUCUGGAAGUCCCAGCAAGAGCAGAAAUCUCUGUUGGAUAAAGUCAACUCGCUGCAGCAACAACUCACACAGGAAAAGAAGACAGUGGAAAAGGCCAACAAAGAAAGAGAAGACUUGAAGGUGUUACUGUCAGUCAAAGACCGCGAGGAAGGAGCCCGAGGCUCAGAGACGGUCAAAGUUCAGCUCCGGAGUGCUUUGGGAGAGUACUCUGGACAAUCUGUUAUUAAAGGUAAAGAAAACAUUUUAGUCAAUCAAGCUCACAGCCUGGACACCGAUCAAAUGCUCCAGAAACCUGCCGUUUCACGACCAGCAUCCAAACCCCUGGAGAGGAGUCAGGCAGUGGGAAGCUGGGAUCUCUCUGAGGUGGAUGCUCUUCGAUAUGAACUUGAAAAAGUCCGCAAAAGACAGCAGGCGGCAGAAGAGGACACGAUGAGGCUUCAGUCCGCUUUGAGCCGCAAAAGCCGAGAGUGCCAGGAACUGAUUCAGAGUCGAGACGCCAUGCAGAAACAGGCUGAGCAGCAGGUGCAGGAACUGGAGGAUGCCUUGGGAGAUGUCCAGAAGAGGAUGCUGGAUUCAGAGUGUAAAGUCAAACAGCUUCAAGCACAUGUAGUGGCCAUGAAGGAACAUUUGGGAGGGCAAGCCACAGAAGAACUCCGAACCCAGCUCCAGGAUGUGAAGGCAAAGUAUGAAGGUGCUUCAGCUGAAGUGGGUCGUGUUCGGAACCGUCUGAAACAGAGUGAGAAAGCUCUAGAAGAAUACAAGGGCAGUGAGAGCCAGCUGGCCACAGAGUUAGAAAGGCUGAAUCAGGAACUGGGAGGUGUGAGCGCAGAACGGGACGAACUGGCAGUCGCCUUCUUGGAGAUGCAAAAUCAGCUCAGAGAUGCCCACACGAAAUAUGCCAACACGGUACCUGCUGAGAAGUUUGACAACAUGAAAAACCUGCUGACAAACGCAGUGGACGAGAAGGAACGGCAGCUGGCUGAGUUGAGAGAAGACUACGAUCGAGUACUGGAAGAAGUGGCCGAGCUCCAUCGAAAGCUCGACAGCCCGUCAUCCAAGGGAGGGUCCGAGGUGGUCACAGUUGAGGAGCAUCAAAGAAUACGAGCAGCUCUGGAAGAACAGAAUGCCUCUUUGAAGAAAAAGCUGAUGGACGUGACUGCAAAAAGUCAGAUUCUUAUUCAAGAGGUCAAGGACAAAGAUGCGCUGCGACAGCAGUUGGAGGAAGUCAAUUCCAGGAUGGACCAUGACUUCAUACCCAUUAAAGACCACGAGGAGGUUCAAAAGAACAUGGUAGCAACCCUUGAGGAUCUAAAGGACCAACUGGUGGAAACCAGCGAAAGUUGUGGAAAAGCAGAAGCCCAAGUCCAGCAACUUCAAAAUGAGAAGGCCACACUGCAGAAGACAAUCAGCCACCUCCAAAGCACCAGUGACCGUCAUCAGGAGGAAGUGGAGGCGCUGAGGUCAGAGAAUGCUCAACUGACGAAGAAACUAGAUUUAGUGGAGAAGAAAUGUGAAGACAAGGAUAAGGAAUGUGGACAACUGGCAGUGCAGAACCAGAGCCUGAAAAAGAGCAUGGAAACCCAGUAUGUUUCCAGAGAGCAGCACGAGAAGGUGAAGGUGGAGCUGACUUCCAUCUUAGAGAGCGUGAAAGGUGAGAUGUUGAAGUUGGAGGCUGGGAAAGUAGAAAGUGGUCAGGAACUGAAGAAUGUGAGAGAAGAGAAGGAGAAGUUGAAAGACCAGUUGGAAAAAGUGAUGUCAGACAUGAAGAGUAACCACGAUAGCAUUGAAGAGUUCAGGUCGGCCACUAACAGGCUUAAUGCUGCUGUGGUUGAGGCAGAGAACAGAGCAAAUGAAGCAUCUGCAAAGUAUGCGUUGGGUCAGGAGGAAAUACUGAAGCUAACUCAAGAGCUGGAAGCCCAGAAGAAAGAACUUGAUACAAUACAAGAGGCUAUUCAGUCCAAGUUUAUUCCACUCACUGCUGCUGAGGAGAAGGAGAAUUUCUACACUAACAAGCUGAAGGACCUGACAGAGAAACUGCUGGAAAUGGAAGACAAGUACAAUCAGGAAAAGUCUGCCAGAGAGCGCCACGCAGAGGAGAAGGAGAAACUACAAGCUGAAAUGCAAUCUGUUCAGCAGAGACUUGAUAAUGCCCUAGCUGCCAGUGGAAAGCACAAAGGAGAGGAGGAAGAGUUCAAAACUAAAUACGAGGAGCUGACCGAGAAGUGGCUCAGUUUAGAGCAGCAGCACAAGGAGCUAGCAGUCCAGAAGGCUGAUCUGGAGGCUCAGAGUGCCUUAUCCAACACUCAGAUUCAGAAUCUGCAGGAGCGUCUAAAAUCAGAGCUGACUCGGAUAGCCACGUACGACACAGAGCUCAAAUCCCUUCACGAUGCCAUGAGGCAAGCUCAAGCAGACUGCAAGAAAGCAAGAGAGGCUGAGCAGGAGGAAGGCCGGCGAGUCUCUGACCUACAGAAGCAACUCCAGGAUCUCCACAAGCAUCAAGCGUCUCUGCUGCAACAACAUGCCGAAGCCAAGGAGGCCUUGGAAGCUGAAGUGGCCAAGCUUCAAACGGCUCUAGCCGAAGAGGAGGAGAGCAGCACCCAGAGGGCCGAAGACGUAACCGCCCUGCAAUCCGAACUCCUGCAAGCCACACAAGCACUUGAAGAGAGCCGCUGUAAGGAAGAACAGAUGACCCAGCUGAAAACCAAGGAGCAGCAACUGGAGGAGGAGCUUGCCAACCUGAACAGCAAGCUUCUGAGCUUAGAGAAGGAGCGUGAAGAGGCCAAAGAGGAGGCGGCGCAGGCCAGAGAGGGGGAGAGCAGGGCCAGGACAGAGAUGGAGGCCGUCCAGGAAAAAGGACGUGCAGUUGAAAAGGAAAUUAGAGAGCUGAAAGAGAGGUAUGAUGAGUCACUCAGCACCAUCUGUGUUCUCCAGAAGAGGAUUGAGACAUCUGCCCAACAAACUGAAGCCAAAGACAAAAAGAUCACAGAGUUACUGACGGACGUGGAGCGGCUGAAGAAGGCCCUGAAUGGCCUGUCCCAGCUGGCGUACACAAGCAGCAGCUCACCUAACAAGAGACAAACGCAGCACGCCGACACUCUUCAAGCCCAGAUACACAGCCUCCAGCAGCAGCUGGCUGAUGCUGAGAGGCAGCACAGAGAGGUGGUUUCCAUUUAUCGGACUCAUCUUCUCAGCGCUGCACAAGGUCACAUGGAUGAGGACGUGCAGGCCGCCUUACUACAGAUCAUCCGCAUGAGACAGGAGUUUGUGUGUUAAAGCUUCAAGCACCUGCUGACUCAAAUUCAUCUCCUCUCUGUAGUUUGUUUCUACUGCUGCCCCAGGGGUGCCCAGUGUGUGUGUGUGUGUGUGUGUGGGAAUGAGUGUGUCACAAAACCAUGGUUCUGCAAUCUGUUUUUUGUGUGUCCAUACAUUGAUUCCCAGAUAUCCAUGUUGUGGUUACAGAUGACUAACUGCAGCUUCCAUCAUUUUUUCUUUUUUUUCAACUUUGAGCAGAAGUAGGAAAUUUAAUUUAGGCCAUAUUCCAAACAGAAAAAUAAACAAAAGACUGUAUUUUUAAUUCAUGUUACAAAUCUGUGUUUCAUUCUACCAUGACUCAUUUUGUCCAGUCAUGGGGAGACACUUGUAAAUGUUCAGCUUUAAUGGGGACUGGACAUGAACACAGACUACUUUUCACAUUCCCACCUGAGGAGACACUAUUUCCACACCCAACUGCCAUCACUGGCUCAAAUAAAGGGCAGAUCCACAUGUUUUCACCUCAUGAUUUACAGGAAGAGCUGCUGUAGUCGAGCUUCCUGUGACCAUAAAUGAUUCUGCAAAAGACAGACGUCCGUCCGUCAACAUUCAAAUAACAUGAAAGUAAGAAUAUUAAAGGGGGGGUGUUGAUUGAUACGGUCUAACUGCAGGAACUUUGAAAGCUGUUUCGAUUCAUAACAUCUGGUAGAGUAAAAGCACCAAAACCUAAACUGUUGGCUCAUGGGAGCUGAUUAAGACUCAUUGACUGGAUUAAAUAGAUUUGUACUAUAGAACUUUAAAAUGUGUCCUUUUUUUUUUAGUAACUACAUAAAUCUGACAUUCAAAUAAAGCAGUUGUGUAAAUAUCUUAAAAACAAUUAAAAAUAAUAUUAAGAUUUGACUUUUUUGAUUUUAUUGCAGUAGGCAGUGGUGACAUCACUUCUGUACUUCCCUCCUGUUUAUCUUUGAUUUUGUUCUUUCCUUUAGAAAUGAUUAGGAAUUUACAAUCACAACUAAAUCUUUUUGUAGAUGAUAGACUUCAAGUCUGAUUUUAGUUGUAAAAUUAUUUAUUGAAUCCUUUUUGUCCCCACUUUCUACAUCUCCUGCAGAGACUCAAAAACUCAAAAAAUGUGAAUCCUCCCUUUAGACCUUCACACCUAUUGUUAGACUUCGGCUACACUCUGCAAAUUAAACUUGAUUUGAGGUUGGAUUUUGGUCUUCUAAAGCUAAAAACCUUUUUCUUUUUGUCUUUUAAAAAGGUCUGCGUUAGUCCGCCUGGAUUUGAGUCAGUGGAAAUCUCUGUUCUGAAGUUUGCAGUGUCACCUUUUACAAUUUUUGUUUUUGAAACAAGAGUGUCCUCUAGUGGUGGAACUUGGCAGGCCAAGUUGAUAGAAUUAGAAGGCAUAGCAGCCCCGGGGUGCGCCGCUGUUUUUGGAAGCUGUAGUCGCCACUACUCGCCAGUGCUCCACAGCUAGAAGCUGUCUGGAACCUACAUUCAGUUGGAAAAAACUGAAUUAUAACAAAUUCUAAAUUUUGACAUUUUAAAAUGCAAUAACUGCAGCAAAGAGCCUGGCAGCUCCUUUAAGGCAGUGUUUGCCCCCCCCCUUACCUGAGUCUGGCCCUGGUGGGACAGUGUGUGUGUGUGUGUGUGUGUGUGUGUGUGGGGGGGGGGGGGGUUGUAACAGAUGAGCAAGCCUCGAUUUUUCAUAGGUUUGUGUAAUUUUGAUACCAACAAAUCUGAUUUUCAGCAGGUCUGGAGCAAAUGUCUUUUCCUGGGAUUGGUUUCACUGAGGAAAACCCUUGCUAGUGUCUGAGCGGAACGUUUUUGGGUUCUGAAGGCCUCGUCUUCAGGUUUGGAUCUGCAGACCUAAGGGGGAACGGCUCAUUUUUGGUGACAUUUCUUUCUUUUUCCUGACUUGUUAGGAAUCCACUGUUAGGUUUCUAAAGAUGUGCACUCUUUAACCAGUGUGUUAAAGCAGGCUGUUUUCUCUGGUAACAUUUUGAUUGUUAAUCAGACGUUGAAAAUAUCAAUUAAAGUGCCUAACAUAGAAACUA